AUGAAUAGAUAAUUUGAAGUAAUGGGAUUGUAAUAGGUGAAUCAACAUUUAUUAUGUUCAAUAUGCAGAGAAGUAUUUUAUAAUCCAAUACGAGCAACUUGUGGGUAUAAUUAGAUCCAAAUUAUAGACAUACAUUUUGUGGUACUUGUUUGGUUCGUUGGAUAUAAUAAAAGAAGAGUUGUCCACUUUGUAGACAUCAAUUAGAACGCAAUUAUAAAUUCGAUAAGGAUAUUUUAGCAACAAAAAUAGUUGGAGAUGUUUAAGUUAAAUGUUUGAGAUGUUAAUAAUGGAAUGGAACUUUAGCAGUAUUUAAAUAACAUAAGAAAACAUAAUGUAAAUUUGUAUAAAGUAAUAAUGAAAUACCAUAAAAUGCAAUUGAAAUAGGAGAUGAUGGUGAAGAUAUCACAUAUCCUUUUAUUAUUAUUGAUACACAUAAAAUUGUUAAAACAGCUAAUCCACCUAUUCUAGUAUAAAUAGAUGAAUAAAGUGGUGAAUAAGAUGAAGAUCUAUUUAUACACUAAAGAAGAUAAAAUAAUAAUAUUUAGAAUGAUUAUUCUCAAUUAGAAAUAAGUCCUUAUAUUAUAAGUGAUUAAUCUAAUCAUAUAAUAAUUGAAACUUAAGAUAAUAUAUUAUUAGAGGAAUCUAGUUAGCAAUAAUAAAUAUUUAACUGUUCUAAUAAUGAAUAAUAAAUAGAUCUAGAUAAAUAAAAUAAUUAAUUAGAAUAAUAGAUAAAUCCAUAAGAUUUAUAAAUUACUAUUAAUGAAAAAGAUAAUCAUUAUGAAAUACCUGAAGACAUCAUAAAUAUAUAAAACAAUUAAUAGAUACAAAAUAUUAAUGAAUCAGAAGAAAUUGAAAUAUUAGAACCUUCUUUACGAAUACUGAAUAAUAGAGAAAUCAAGGAAUUAAAAUCUAAUAGGAAAUUCAGAUUAAAUAUUCUAAAAAAUGCUGUGAAUGUAAUUGAACCCUUAAUUGAUUCUAUGAAUGAUGAUUUAUUCUAUGAAUUUAUAGAACAUAUGAAAAAGGAAAUGACAAAUAAACUUAAUGAUCUUUUAAAUACUUUAAUUUGA